AUGUGUUCAAACUAUUAUAGAAACUCAUGUGGUAGCUGUGGCUAUGGCUGUGGCUAUGGUUCUGGAUAUGGCUGUGGAUACGGCUCUGGAUAUGGCUGUGGAUACGGCUCUGGAUAUGGCUGUGGCUAUGGCUCUGGAUAUGGCUGUGGCUACGGUUCUGGAUAUGGCUGUGGCUACGGCUCUGGAUAUGGCUGUGGCUACGGUUCUGGAUAUGGCUGUGGCUAUGGUUCUGGAUAUGGCUGUGGCUACGGUUCUGGAUAUGGCGGUGGAUGUGGCUCUGGCUGUGGCGGUGGAUAUAGCUGUGGUUACAAGUCUGGCUCUGGCGCUGCCUGCUGUGGAUGCAGGCCAUUCUCCUACAGAAGAUGUUUUUCAUCUUGCUGCUAG